AAUAUAGUUUAAUUUGUAUUUCUAAGCCAUCUAAUUCCUCUCUUUGACUGUAAACACUGCCACAUUCAUGUAUUUGAUCCAUCAAUACGGAUAGAAUUAGUACUAGAUUUCCUGAUCAGGAUUUCCCUGCUCAGGACCGUUAACGCUCACAGCUUAAGUUAUAAACUAUACGGCAUAUAACCAUUCUUAUAAGUCGCGGUUCUAUUUCCUCAAUUAAUGCAACCAUUUCAAUGACCAUAUACACUGAACAUUAUCUGUCUUUAGUUUAUAAAUGUAUAAAUGAAAAAUAUCUACGCUAUUUCCUGAUAAGAAUGUCCCAGAUGAGGACCGUAUACACUAUAAAAUGUAGUUAUAAGAUAUCCAACUGUUAUAUCAUGCUCCAAGUCCGGACGAGUUAUCCUAUCUUGACGGUCCUCACCAGCCCCGGUCCUGCUCAGCCCGGGUUCCAGUGAGAGACAGCGCAGCUGUCUGACGCCACUCACUUUAAAAGAGGGAACUCUAUUUAUAGAUUACCGAGAAUAAGAUAUAUUUAGUCUGUGCUUUGACCUAUUUCCACUGUUGUUAUUCUGUCACAUCGGUAGUCAUAAAGUCCAUUUUUUAAAACUGUGGUCUAUAAGAAAAUUGAAAAAUAAAUAAAAAGCUGAUAUCGGUAUAAAAUAAAUAAACAUUAUAUCCACAUAUCUGUUGCAUAUUAGCUUUCGAUUCUGUUAAGAGUUGACUGACAUAAUUCUACUUGGAUUCUAGGUAUUCCCACAAUUAAAAUGGCGUUGGUGUUGCGUAUCUGUGUGAUAUCACUUCUUGUUUUGACAACAGGCUCUAUCGAUCUGGUUAUUCAUCGCUUGUUUGGAAAACAUAUUUCUUGUUUCCCUGUAGUAUGCCGAGUAGGAUUUCAGGCGUCGUUUUGCAAAAGCAACAGAACGAGCGACUAUUGUCAUAUGUGCCCCCAUGGCAGCAGACAAGAUAGGGCUGUGGACUCAAGAACUCUCUAUGCUACAGAAGACAUCCCAAAAUGCUCGAGGGUCGACAUCGCUUGUCUGAUGUCAGAAACUACGCCUGUUGUGGAAAAUGGAAAAGUAGUCCGCUGUAAAUGUGACUUGGCAAAGGGAUAUGUUGGAGAGGACCCGCUAUGCAUUAAAGUCAAUAGCUGUCCACCCGGACUGGAACUCGCCAAUACAAGCGGUAGAUGCAUACCAUGCCCGUCGGGAUCCCGUAAAAACACUACUGGCUACGAGUUCUGCAAACCAUGGACCAGUUGUGAAACCCAUGGCAGAGAAACUUUGAAAGUAGGUAAUUCAACUGCUGAUACUGUCUGCGGAAAACGGCUUCAGACUACGAAGAGUGAGCAGAGUUUGUAUCCAACAGCAAACACGUUUGCUGUGACCUUGAUAUGCGGAACAGGAGAUUGCCUUAUUAAAGCCGAACAGACUGUCUCCAAAGAUUUUAUGGACAGCACGCAGCAAUACCAAGACAUGGCUAAAAAGGAACACUUGAUAGACUGCAGAGGGCUAAGCAUGAUGGAUGCCAGCCUAAUCAGCGGUAUGACGCUUAUGCUGCUUAUCAUGAUAAUUGGAUUUAUAUUCUUCAACCGGAAGUUAAAUAGAAGACAUGUGAAAGGGAAUCGUCUUUCCUGGAAGAAGAAGAAAAAAGGCAUCCAAGAAGUGAAUGAAACACCCAAACACAAGGAGAAGGGAGCAGUUGCCGAAAAAUCAAUACUUAUUGACGAUUAUGAGCAGCCAGCUGCAAAAACGUCAACACCUAUCGACGACCAGGAACAACCAGCUACAAUUUACCCUCCAAUCAACGAACAACCCGCUGAACCAACCGCCCCAGAAUUGUCCAUGCAGGGAAACAUACAGCCUCUGAUCCACGUUCCACCAAGUUGUUAUACAAGUGACGCACAAAAUGAUGGCUUCAAAGUUAACAUCUACGUCCCACAGGGAAAUUACGGUUAAACAUGUCUAUGUCUUAGAACGUCAUUUUAUUAAUAUAGGUGCAGGAAAAUAAAAACGGUAUAUACAAAAAGAGAGUAGAAGAGAACGAAAAAAAUGUCCAGAUAAAGAGUAAUAAUGUGAUCAAUUACUGUUAGUGAGAAAGAGAUUGAACGAGGAAUACGAGUUGAGCGUAGAUAAUAGAUAUAAAUAAAUCAGAAUCACUAAGCUUGGGUAAAAUCAAUCAUUGAACUAAAAAAUACAAAGCAAUAAUACAAAUAUAUACUAUAUAUAAUAAAGUACGAUGAUGAAAUGGCUCGGUGCUAAGUACCAAAUAUUCAGACAUAGAAUAUAAUAAAUAAGAAUUGUACAUGUUUAUAUGUAUGCUAAAUAAUAACCGCACGCAUGCUCAUAUGCUAAUGUAUCGAGAAAUGUUUAACGCUUUCUACCGAACAACCAUAUAAUAGGCAUAUUGAGCAGAUACUGAUUACUGCAGAGAUAAAAAAAAAUGAAUGCUAGCUGUUAGCGCCGAAAUGGCAGUUCCGGCUGUAUGCUCCCCAGAGAGU